AUGGCAUCAUCAUCCUCAAGCAACAGCGCAAACUACGACAUGCCGUGGGUCGAGAAGUACCGCCCCAACAAGGUCGUCGACAUCGUCGGCAACGAAGACGCCGUUUCCAGACUCCAAGUCACCGCUCGUGACGGCAACAUGCCCAACCUCAUUUUAUCAGGUCCUCCUGGAACUGGAAAAACCACCAGUAUACUUGCCCAUGCGCACGAGCUUCUCGGUCCCAAUUAUAGAAAAGCUGUUCUUGAACUAAAUGCAUCAGAUGAUAGAGGAAUAGAUGUCGUGAGGAACCAGAUCAAGAUGUUUGCUCAAAAGAAAGUAACACUUCCCCCGGGCCGACACAAAGUUGUUAUACUCGAUGAAGCUGACAGCACGACAUCUGGAGCACAACAAGCUUUAAGAAGGACAAUGGAGAUAUAUUCUAAUUCUACUCGUUUCGCGCUUGCUUGCAAUACAUAG